AUGUUUACUCGCCGCGUCUUGUCUGUCCUUGACCGUGCUUCGCGCUUCUCUCCUGCUGGUGCUCGUGCACUCCACGUCGAAGCAUCCAGGACAUCAAUUACCGACGCCAUUACGAAGGAAAAGGUACUGGUGUUUUCCAAGACCACUUGCCCUUUCUGUGCCCGCGUGAAGGAGAUAUUUAAUGUAUUGGACAUCAAGUACAAAGUCGUGGAGCUCGAUACGAGGGACGAUGGAGCCGAGAUUCAGACGCUACUGCUGGAUAUUACAAGUCAACGUACAGUGCCUAACGUCUUUAUGAAUGGCAAACACAUUGGCGGCUGUGAUAGUAUAAUGGAUCUCUAUGCUAAAAGCGAGCUAACGUCGAUGCUGGAUAACUGA